CGGCGCCGGCAAGGGGCGUCCAAUGGCAGCCCGCGACCGAGGGGAGAUCCCCUUUCUGCGCAUGCGUGCGUCUCCAACCUCGGUGGCCAGUCUGAGGCGGGAAAGCACGGAGGAGAGACGCCAUGGCGCUGCGCCUGAGUGAAGGGGCCAUCGCGAGUAUUAUGCAAGGAGAGAACGUUGUGAAGGCCGUUCUCCAGCUUAUUAAUAUCCGCCCCAUCACUACUGCAAAUGGCCCUCCACGUUACCGGAUGCUGAUGAGCGAUGGAGUGAACACGCUUUCGUCCUUCAUGCUGGCCACACAACUGAAUUCCAUGGUGGACGAGCAGAGCCUGGCCGUCAACACCAUCUGCCAAAUUAACCGCUUCAUCGUCAACACCUUGAAAGAUGGAAGGAAAGUGGUGAUUGUGAUGGAUAUGGAGGUGCUCAGACCCGGAGAUGCCUCGGCCGCUAAAAUUGGGAAUCCGGUGCAGUAUGUGGAAGGGGGGUCCGGGGCGGCAUCGGCCGUGGCAUCGGCGGAAGAGGAGCACAGGGGCCCUCCUCCCCCCAAGAUGCCCAACAAAGGGCCUGCAUCCCAGUUCCUGAGCACGCCGGGGGGCUCCCAGGCCAAAGUGGUGCCCAUUGCCAGCUUGAACCCCUACCAGUCCAAGUGGACCAUCUGCGCCCGAGUGACGCAGAAAGGCCAGAUCCGGACGUGGAGCAACUCCCGCGGAGAAGGGAAGCUCUUCUCCAUAGAGUUGGUCGACGAGAGCGGCGAGAUCCGAGCCACGGCCUUCAACGACCAAGUGGACAAGUUCUAUCCCCUCAUUGAAAUGAACAAGGUCUACUACUUCUCCAAGGGGCAACUGAAGGUGGCCAACAAGCAGUACACAUCGGUGAAGAACGACUAUGAAAUCACCUUCAUAAACGACACCUCUGUCAUCCCUUGUGAAGACGCCCAGCACUUGCCCUCCGUCCAGUUCGACUUCGUCUCCAUCGCGGAACUGGAGCGCACCUCCAAGGAUGCCAUUGUGGAUGUCAUUGGGGUCUGCAAGGCCUACGAGGAGGUGACGAAGCUCACCAUGAAAACCACCAACCGGGAAGUGUCCAAGAGGGACUUGCACUUGGUGGACUCUUCCGGCAAGAUGGUGUCUGUUGCACUUUGGGGGCAGGAGGCGGAUAACUUCGACGGCUCCCGUCAGCCGGUGGUGGCCAUCAAAGGGGCCCGGGUCUCGGACUUUGGGGGCCGGAGCCUCUCGGUCCUCUCCUCCAGCACCCUGGUGGUCAACCCCGACCGCCCCGAGGCCUUCAGGCUGCGCGGAUGGUUCGACUCGCAAGGGAAACACCUGGAGACGUCCUCCAUCUCCAAUGGCUGGUCUGGGGGAAGCGGAGGAAGCGGCGGAGGAGGAUCAGGCCCGAACUGGAAGACGCUGCGGGAGAGCAAGACUGGGAACCUGGGCCAGGGAGAGAAGGCCGACUACUACAGCUGCAUCGGGACCGUGAUCUACUUGCGGAAGGAGAAGUGUCUCUACAAGGCCUGCCCCUCCCCGGACUGCAACAAGAAACUGGUGGACGAGCAGAACGGCCUCUACCGCUGCGAGAAGUGCAACCUGGAGACCCCCAACUUCAAGCACCGCAUGAUCCUCCAGGUGAACAUUGCAGACUUCCAGGACCAACAGUGGGUCACCUGCUUCCAGGAGGCUGCGGAGACCAUCUUGGGCCAGAAUGCAACCUAUUUGGGGGAACUGAAGGAAACGGACGAACACGCCUUCAACUCAAUCAUUGAGAAGUCCUUCUUCGCCACCUUCGAAUUCCGAGUGAGGGCCAAGAUGGAGAUGUUCAAUGACGAAUUGCGGCUGAAGACGACGGCCCUGGAGGUGAAGCCGGUCAACCACAAGGAGUACGGCCAUCGCCUGGUGCAGUCCAUCCGGAGCAACGCCGAGCGGUUGCGCUGAAAGCGAGCCCUCCUUCCUCCUCGUGUCGGGAAAAAGGUUCAGGCUGUUUUGAUGGGGUGGGGGGCCGACAACAACAGUCCAAUGAAGGCAAUUGGAUGGAGUGGCCGACCCUGUCUCUUUUCUCUCUCUCUCUCUCUCUCCUUUCCCGUUGCCUUCAAAGGCUCCUUUCCGCCGCCGCUUGACGCUCGGAAUGGCAAUAUGUUGGAAUUAUUAAUCAAAGGCCCCGUAUCUCUUCCAUCUGAAGAAUAUCCUUCCUCCGGGGUUUAAUAGGCUGAGUCAGAUGGGCCUGAUAUUAAUCAAAAUUGUCUCUUCUGAGAGCGGGUGAUAAGCGGCGGCGCGGCGGCCCCCGGGGAAAUCUGGGCAACUACAAAGCACACCCUUUAGUUUCCUUUUCUCCCCCCCACUUCAAUUAAUGCAUAUUUCUCCCCCGCCCCGUUUUUUUGGCGCUGUGUUGUGUUACCUGUCCAUAGGUUUUUUUGCUGUUGUUCGUUCCGUUCUGGCAUUUACACGCCAGCGCAUUUCCCUUGCCAAAUUGGCUUUCGUUCAUGCGCUCCUUUCUCAAUAAAACGCUGUUCAGUCGC